AUGGGCAUUAUUUGGCUUUUAUCUAGAAGAUUAAUUGAAGAACAACUUUAUAAGAUUUUUCGUAAAAACCAAAGUUUUAGAGCAUUUAUGCAAAAAGAAUUAGAAUUAGAUGUAGGGGAACAUAAACUAAUGAUUCAAAAAAUAAAUGAAUGGAAUGAAUUGCCAAAACAAUUAAUUCCAGGUGUUUAUGAAGGAAAAGAUUCAACUUCUUUAAAAACUCGAAUAAUUGUUAAUUCAAUGAAUUUACUUUUUAUUUUUAAAAGACUUAAUAAAGAAAAUCAUAAAAUAGAUAAAGAUUAUGGACCUAUUUGGGAAGAAAUUGAACAAAAUAAUCAUGAUGAAAAUAAUGAGGAUAGAACAAAUGAAGAAGAAAUUAAUGUAAGAAAGGAAAUUGAAAACAAUUCUUUACCAAAAGAAAUUGAAAGUAUAAAUAUAUAA